AUGGCAGCCAAGAGCGAUGUAGAAAAGCUGCUUGAGGAGGUUCAGAUCACUUCCAAGUCUUGGCUGGGUGAUGAGUUGAUCAGCGCACUCAGCUCAGAAGAUCUUGAAGGCUUGGACGACGAAUGGGCAGACGGUCAAGAUUCAGACCUGGAUGAUAUCAGCUCGUUGACCUUCUCUGAUAUAUCAUUAGCCAAGCCUUCAAGAGCAGCAAAAGCAGACGACGAUUAUAGGCAUCUGACUUCCAAAUCAGAUUCAAAGAAAGGAGACAAAGACGAGAUCAUCAAAUUGAGGGCACAACUGGAAGAGCUGCGAAAUCAAAACGAAAUUCUAGAAUUUAAACUGAAUCAUGCGCAUCGCAGACGAGAAGACGAUAUUAAUCAGGUUCGCGAAAAACAACUAAAGCCCGCAUUAGAGACGAUCUCGCAGCUUGAAAGGAUGCGCGACAAAUGGAAAGAAGAUGAGAAGAUUCGAAAGGAGGACUUUCUACAUGCUCUUGAGAUCUCGCAAAGAGAUUACCAGGAAAUUCAAUCUGUCCCACCAGAAAAUCGUGAUUUGAAGCAAGAAGUAGCAUUGCACGUUUGGGAGCGAAUAGCUGAAGUUCAGAAAGGAAGGACUGCGGCAAGAAGAGAAGCCGAUGCUUUACGUGAAUCUCUGAACUUAGCCAAUGCUGAAUUGCGAGACGUCCAUGGAAGGUGGGAAGAAUCCGAGAAGAUUGCAAACGCAAGAUAUGUAGAAUACAGUCAGAACUUGAAGACUUGGCAGGAAAAAUGUUCAAACCUUCAGCGUAAUCUGGAUGCCCUAAAUGAAGCCAUAACCUUGCAUGAAGAGAGAAGUCGAAGAUGUGACGAAGCAGAGGCUCGAGAGAAGAGAACAGCACAGGAAUUGAACAAUGCUGCAAUCCGGGUUGGAGAGCUGGAAGCCGUCAUAGCAACUUUGCAGAACGAAAUGAAGAAUGUCAUGGAAGACUCUCAGGAAAAAACGCGCGUUUCGAGCAUCCUUCAAUUGGACAAAGACUACUUGCAGAAAGAAAACGCGGAUCUCUUGUCCAGAUGUCAGAAAGCAGAGGAAAAAUUGGAGAAGAAAGCUUUCAAAGUGAAGGAGCUUCAACGAAGCAAGGAGCAGCUGGAAUUACAGAUGAGAGAACAACAGAUCUUGACAGUAACAAGCAAUGAGGAAAGAAUCCAGUCACAGAUCGCAGCCCUGCAAGAACGUGCUCAGCAGGAGAUUGGAGAGAUAAAGAAGAACACAGCCGAGUUUUAUGAGAGACAAAAUCAAGCCCUCCUCGAUGCCAAGGAGGAAGCUUUGUCUGAACUUGAAAGACUUCGCAAGAGGUUAUCCGAUGUUGAGAAGGCCAAAGAGCUUGCUGUCCGAGAGCACCUGGAGUUAGUCUCGACCUUCGAGUCAAGAGUAGGAGAAGCUCGAAGCCAGGCAAAAAUCAAGGCAGCAGAACUUGAAAGAGCACACAUUGCUCAGGAAGACGCUCAGGCUCUGAUCCGACAGCUUAGACUCGAAGCUGAAAUGUAUCGCGAGAAAGUUGAGCUGCUGAGAACUGAGCUGAGCUCGCUGCAGACGUCCUCUGCCACUAGAAUCACAGAACUGGAGGCGCAAGUUACAAACAAUGACGCGAAGUUAAAAUUGUUUGAAUCCAUCGAGAGUGACUUGGUAACCAUGACAGACGACAUGAAAGGCACUCUUUCGUAUCCGGAAUACGUGCUGCAGUCUGACUCCCGUGCUCUCGGAAAGAUUUCUUCCUACGAUCACUCGAGAAGAAUCGCUCAAGCAAUGUCGCUCGCGCGGAAGGUGAUGGAGCAGCAAAAGGAGAUCGCGGGCCUCAAGCAGACCAUCGACGAGCAGGAGUCUCACAUUGCGAGGAUCUCAGCUGAGCUCAGUCAAACGAGCUCGUUGCUGUCCAAGUCCCCGCAGCCUCAGGAUGUGCUUAUCCAGGCCAUCUGCGCCCGGGACGAGGAGCUCAAAGUCCUGCGGGCGGACAUGAAGAGGAUCAAGAGCGUGCAUAACCUGUUGAAAGAGGAGCGAGACGCUCUGAGCUCGCAGUGCGAGCAGCUCAAGUCAGACUUGAACAAGUUGUCUCGCGUCAAGAAAGCGUCAGAAGAUGUUCAAGCAGCGAUCGGUCAACUGCAGUUCCAGCAAGAGCUCAACAUGCAGAGGAUCCAAGAGAUUCGAAAGGUUGAAACGAAAUCGUCAGAUUCAAUAAGACUAAAGGAGAAUCAACCUCACGCCAUCUGGUUUACUAAGCUCAAGAACAGGAAAUAG